AUGACGAAGGCAGUCCUCCCAAAAGAUUUCCUCUGGGGCUUCGCAACCGCCAGUUACCAAAUAGAAGGAGCCCCAACAGAAGAUGGAAGAGGGCCCUCCAUCUGGGAUGAAUUUUGCAAAAUACCCAGCAAAAUAGCCGAUGGCUCCUCAGGGGAUGUAGCUUGCGAUUCCUACCACCGCACGGCGGAAGAUAUCGCACUCCUCAAGAGUACUGGGGCGAGAGCAUACAGGUUCUCGAUCUCCUGGUCCCGAAUUAUUCCAAUUGGUGGGAGGAAUGAUCCUGUCAACCCUGCAGGAAUUGCUUUUUACAAGAAAUUCGUGGACGAUUUGCUGGCUGAGGGAAUCGUACCGCUUGUGACACUGUUCCAUUGGGAUUUACCUGAUGGCUUAGACAAGAGAUAUGGUGGGUUAUUGAACAAGGAGGAAUUUGUGGCAGAUUAUGCCCAUUAUGCAAGGACCAUGUUCGAAGCCAUGCCAAAGGUCAAGCAUUGGAUUACUUUCAAUGAGCCAUGGUGUUCCUCCAUUUUGGGAUAUAAUGUUGGGGUUUUUGCUCCUGGACGUACUAGUGACCGAACAAAAAGUCCUGUGGGGGAUAGUAGCCGUGAGUGUUGGAUAGUUGGGCAUAAUCUGCUCCUGGCUCAUGCAACAGCGGUGAAAAUCUACAGAGAGGAGUUCAAGACCAAAGAUGGCGGAGAAAUUGGCAUCACCCUGAACGGCGACGCUGUCUAUCCCUGGGACCCCGAAGAUCCCCUUGAUAUUGAAGCUGCCGAACGUAAACUCGAAUUCAGCAUCUCCUGGUUCGCCGACCCCAUCUACUACGGCCGCUACCCCGAGUCCAUGAUCCAACAACUUGGCGAACGGCUGCCAACCUUCACACCUGAAGAAGCCGCGCUUGUCCAGGGCAGUAACGACUUCUACGGUAUGAACCACUACACUGCCAACUACAUCCGGCACAAGACCAGCGCACCCGACCCGGCCGACUUCCUUGGCAACCUCGAGACCCUCUUCACCAGCAAAUCCGGCACCAGCAUCGGCCCCGAGACGCAAUCCUCCUGGCUGCGUCCCAACCCCCAAGGCUUCCGGGACCUGCUCGUCUGGAUAUCCAAACGUUAUGGCAACCCCAAGAUCUACUGCACGGAGAACGGCACCUCGGUCAAAGGCGAGAAUGAUCUGCCCCGUGAGCAGAUCCUGGAUGAUGAGUUCCGCGCUGAGUAUUUCAGGGGCUAUAUCGAUGCGUUGGCGAAAGCCGUCAGUGAGGAUGGGGUGGAUGUCAGAGGCUAUAUGGCGUGGAGCUUGAUGGAUAACUUUGAGUGGGCUGAUGGCUAUGAGACUAGAUUUGGUGUUACCUUUGUGGAUUAUGAGGGCGGUCAGAAGAGGUACCCAAAAAAGAGCGCGAAGAUAAUUGGGCCACUCUUUGAGGCUUUGAUCAAGGAAGAUUAA